CCUCCAGGAAGCUGGCUUCCCAGGGCCUGACCUCAACUUGGAUAUAGCCUUCGCAUGGAAAGGAAGCAAAAGAACUCCGCUCCAUGGCAGGUUUCAGUCCAAAGCCGCAAGAUUUCAAGUUGCUUUUUAAAGGAUGACUUCUCACCCACUCAGCCCCACAUUUCCCAGGGAAAUAAAUGCAGAAGUGCCAACGGCAGUCAGACGGAAACACAGCGUCUGCCCAGCCGAGGGCUCACAGUGCUGGAAGGCCGCAGGCGCAGCCGAGCCAUGGACAACCUCACGGGGGCCCCCGGGAAUGCCAGCCUGUGUGCCAGAGACUACAACGUCACCCAGGUGCUCUUCCCGCUGCUCUACACGGUCCUGUUCCUCGUUGGCCUGGUCACCAACAGCCUGGCCAUGAGGAUCUUCUUCCAGAUCCGCAGCAAGUCCAACUUCAUCAUUUUCCUGAAGAACACGGUCAUCUCCGACCUCCUCAUGAUCCUGACCUUCCCCUUCAAGAUCCUCAGUGAUGCCAAGCUCGGCGCGGGGCCCCUGAGGGCCUUCGUGUGCCAGGUGACCUCGGUGGUCUUCUACUUCACCAUGUACAUCAGCAUCUCCUUCCUGGGCCUCAUCACCAUCGACCGCUACCAGAAGACCACCAGGCCCUUCAAGACCUCCAACCCCCAAAACCUCCUGGGUGCCAAGAUCCUCUCGGUGGUUAUCUGGGCCUUCAUGUUCCUGCUGUCCCUCCCCAACAUGAUCCUCACCAGCAGGCGGCCCCGGGACAGCAACAUAAAAAAGUGCUCCUUCCUCAAGACCGAGUUCGGGCUGGUCUGGCACGAGAUCGUCAACUACGUCUGCCAGGUCAUCUUCUGGAUCAACUUCUUGAUCGUCAUCGUCUGCUACACCCUCAUCACCAAGGAGCUGUACCGCUCGUACGUCAGGACCAGGGGCCUGGGCAAGCCCCCCCGGAAGAGGGUGAAUGUCCGGGUCUUCAUCAUCAUCGCCGUGUUCUUCGUCUGCUUCGUGCCUUUCCACUUCGCCCGCAUCCCCUACACGCUGAGCCAGACGCGGGACGUCUUCGACUGCGCGGCCGAGAACACGCUCUUCUACCUGAAGGAGAGCACGCUCUGGCUGACGUCCCUCAACGCCUGCCUCGACCCCUUCAUCUACUUCUUCCUCUGCAAGUCCUUCAAAAACUCCUUGGUGAGCAUGCUCAGGGGGUCUGCCACGGCCCCGCCCCAGGGAAACAGGAAAAAGGGGCAGAACCGGGGGGACCCGAGCGAAGAGACGCCCAUGUAGACUCACGG